UCAUGGUCUCCCUUACACAGGCUUACCUGUCUGCCUCAACUCUCUUCCGAUUAAACCCCCACCAUGUGAGGCUCCCUUCACUCUCUACAAAUCUCAGAAGACUCUUUUACACCUCCUCCUCUUCUUUCUCUCUCUACAAAAACACCCACUCCUUUCUUUCUCAACAUUCAAAUUCUUUCCCUGUUCUUGCUGCUGCUUCUGCCUCAAAUAGGAGAAAUAGCGGUCUCCCCGUCAGGAGAAGAAGCAGUACUUCUAGAGAUAAAAAGGAGGGUGAAGAGGGGCAGAAGAGAGAGGAAAUGGAACCUGUGUUUAAUAGGAAGCGAGCUGAAGGGAACGAUAGGGACAAGCCGAAGAACCUUCAGUUGAAAACUCGCAAACCGAAUCCCGUUAAUACUAUAUGUUAUGUUCAGAUUUUGGGGACUGGAAUGGAUACACAAGACACUUCUCCAUCUGUUUUGCUGUUUUUUGAUAAGCAAAGAUUCAUAUUCAAUGCUGGAGAGGGUUUGCAGCGUUUUUGCACUGAGCACAAGAUUAGAUUAUCAAAGAUUGAUCACAUGUUCAUGACUCGUGUUUGCUCAGAAACUGCUGGUGGCCUUCCAGGUCUGCUCUUGACGUUGGCUGGCAUAGGAGAGGAAGGGAUGACUAUCAAAAUUUGGGGUCCUUCUGAUCUCAAAUAUCUAGUAGAUGCCAUGCGUGUAUUCAUUACAAGGUCUGCUGUGGUGCACACUCAUAGUUUUGGACCACCUGCUAAUGCCAGUGAAACUAUAGGCUUAUAUAGAGAGCCCAUUGUUCUUAUUGAUGAUGAGGUCAUCAAAAUAUCAGCGAUUCUUCUAAGACCUAAAAGCUCCAAAGGUGACCAAAAUAUCGGAGUUAUGGGUUCAAAUUCACAAGAGAAGUUGGGUUAUUUUCCGAAGGCACCGACCAAGGAAGAUACGGUUUCCAAGCCUGGUGAUCUUUCUGUUGUUUAUGUUUGUGAAUUGCCUGAAAUUAAGGGAAAAUUUGAUCUAGCAAAAGCUGUGGCCCUUGGUUUAAAGGCUGGACCAAAAUACAGGGAGUUGCAGCUUGGGAAUUCUGUUAUGUCUGAUCGUAAAGACAUCAUGGUCCAUCCAAAUGAUGUGCUCGGCCCUUCAUCUCCUGGACCCAUAGUUAUUCUUGUGGACUGCCCCACAUUAUCUCAUGUGCAGGAUUUGGUGUCACUUUCAUCUCUUAAUGAUUAUUAUGUGGAUUCUUCAGAUCCAUCUAAAGGGAGUAAGAAGACUGUGAAUUGUAUGAUUCACUUGGGUCCUUCUUCUGUUACAAAGACUGCAACUUAUCAAGAGUGGAUGGCUAGGUUUACUGAGGCCCAGCAUAUUAUGGCUGGUCAUGAAAUAAAGAACAUAGAAGUACCAAUUCUAUUAGCCAGUGCUCGAUUCGCUUCUAGGUUUAAUUAUCUCUGCCCACAGCUGUUCCCAUCUCCAGGAUUUUGGUCUCUUAAUCAAGUUGACUACCAUCCAGUGGACCCCAUUACUUCAAGUGAGGCUGUUCCAUCAAGUAUCUGCAAAACUAUACCUGCGGAGAAUCUUCUAAAGUUUCAGCUGCGCCCAUUUUCCCAGCUUGGGUUGGAUAGAUCUGUGGUUCCAAGUGCAUUGACCCCAAAAGAGGCUAUUGAUGAGCUACUUUCAGAGAUUCCCGAAAUUGUUGAAGCUACGGAAUGUGUUAGGCAACUGUGGAGAAGGGCUGAAAAGGCUGUGAAACCCAUAUCACAUGCACCCAAUAACUCUGUUGUUGAAGAGCCUUGGAUGAAUGAAAAUGCUUGCCUAACUACCUCAGGAUCAGAGAAUUUUAGUUCCAGAAUACGCAGUAAUGGUGACGUGGAAAUUUAUGACUCUUAUAUACCAAGAUGUCUGGAACAUAUAACAAGGGAAGAUUUGGAAAUUGUUCUUCUUGGAACUGGUUCAUCGCAGCCAUCCAAAUAUCGCAAUGUCAGUGCUAUUUAUUUGAAUCUCUUCUCGAAAGGAAGUAUGCUUCUAGAUUGUGGUGAGGGAACUUUGGGGCAGCUGAAGAGAAGAUUUGGUGUAAAGGGUGCAGAUGAUGCUGUGAAAAGAUUGAAAUGUAUUUGGGUUUCUCAUAUUCAUGCGGAUCACCACACAGGCCUAGCCAGGAUACUUGCUCUGCGUCACAAUUUGCUGAAACAUGAACCCCAUGAACCCUUGCUUGUUAUAGGGCCAAGACAACUAAAGAUAUUCUUGGAUGCUUAUUCAAGACUUGAGGAUUUAGAUAUGCAGUUCUUAGAUUGCAGACAAACAACAUUGGCCAUGAAAGAUGCUCAUGGUGAUCCUCUUAAAAUGAAUGUGGGGCAAAAUAGUAAAUUUCUUGAAACAAUACAUGGGCAAAAUGGUUAUUUUCCUGAAACGCAAAAUGGGAAAAAUGAUAAUUCUCAGUUUGUGUCAGAUGAUGAAGAGUUCAUGGAAUUGGGAGGAAUAACAGAAAGAGAUGACAAAGUUGGGCAUGUAUCACCUCGAAAGUCGACACUGUUUGAAGGUGGUAAAAUGCAAAGCUUUUGGAGAAGACCGGGAUUUCAGGGCAAUAUUUUUGUUGAUAUUUCAGGGAUUCAGAAAUUGAAGUGUGUUUUAUGUGAAUUGGGGUUGGAUACUUUGAUCAGUGUCCCAGUGGUGCAUUGUCCACAGGCCUUUGGAGUGGUUUUGCAGGCUGCUAAUGGAAAAAACAGCUUAGGAGAGAUGAUACCUGGUUGGAAGCUUGUAUAUUCAGGGGACACGAGGCCUUGCCAAGCUUUGAUUGAAGCGUCUCAAGAAGCCACUGUUCUGAUACACGAGGCCACUUUUGAGGAUGGCAUGGUUGAAGAAGCCAUAGCUAGAAACCACAGCACAACAAAAGAAGCAGUUGAAGUGGGAGCGAGCGCAGGAGCUUACAGGGUUGUAUUAACACAUUUCAGCCAAAGAUACCCCAAAAUCCCAGUUUUCGACGAAACCCACAUGCACUCCACUUGCAUUGGUUUUGACAUGAUGAGUAUUAACAUUGCAGACUUGCCAUUGCUUCCUAAAGUAGUCCCACAUCUAAAGCUUCUAUUUAAAAAUGAGAUGGUUUCCGAUGAAACUGAAGAGAUUUUGGAUCUAGAACCAGCAGUAAAUCAAUAAGUUUGAACUCUGAGUUUCUUGUAUUUUUGUAAUUUUUCUGUUUCUUUUAAAUUUAGCUGUAGCCUCUCUUUAGCUUCUGUUAAAAAGUGAGAUGGCUAUGAACGAAAUCUCAGAGAUGUUGAAUGUAGAAACCAGGGGAGGUGGUUAACUGAUCAUCAAUUUGGAUGGGAAUAAGUUGGGACCCAAAACCGGUUCGGGAUGA